ACCUUGUAUCGAUGGGUGCGGGGAUAGGCCUGUGAUUAUGCCUCUAUACUCCUCAUAUUUGGGAGUAGAGGCUCGGUUUUCUUUUGGUGAGUGGUGCUUUGAAAGGUUUCAGGCUCUUUUGAGACUGGUCUCGAUUAUACUCGUACUACGUGAAGUCUCCCUGAAUGGCAAUUGUUAAGCAUAAGUAUAAGAGCUAUAUCAAUUUCAAACCACCAUGCCCCGAAUUCCGCAAUGCGCCCUCCCGCUGCCAGGACGGCUCAAGGCCCUCCCUUUACCAGUAGUCCAAAUCAUCGGGCUCCUGAUAUUUGCUAACAUGAUCGUAUGGGCGGCAGUCGGCGUAGUAUUACAUUACUACCCGGCCAUGAUAAGCCCAGCCGUGCUAUCUUAUACACUCGGGCUACGGCAUGCUCUGGACGCCGAUCACAUCAGCGCUAUCGACCUAAUGACGCGGCGACUCAUCGCCUCCCGUCAACGGCCGGUGACCGUGGGCACGUUUUUUAGCCUAGGGCAUUCUACUAUCGUCAUCAUCACAUGUAUCGUAGUCGCCGCCACCAGCGGCGCUCUACGCGACCGUUUCGACAACUUUCAGUACGUGGGCGGUAUAAUCGGUACAAGUGUCAGCGCCGCUUUCUUGAUCCUGCUGUGUCUCGGAAAUAGCUGGGUCUUGUACCGACUUGUGCAGCGACUCCGAACCGUUCUUCGGGAGCCGGACCCGCACCACCCGGAGGAGGAAGGUGCAGAUGAGGAUCGGGACCAGGCCGCAGUGAAUUUACAGUUGGAAGGUGCGGGGUUCCUCGCCAACGUCUUCCGGAAGCUGUUCCGGAUUGUGGACCGUCCGUGGAAGAUGUAUCCCCUAGGCGUCCUCUUCGGCCUAGGUUUUGACACUAGCUCCGAAAUCGCAAUCUUAGGCAUCGCGAGCGUGCAGGGAGCACAAGGGACAAGUCUCUGGGUGAUCCUCAUCUUUCCGCUCCUAUUUACAGCUGGCAUGUGCAUGCUCGACACCACUGACGGGGCACUCAUGAUGGCCUUAUACACAUCCAAAGCCUUCGCGCGGGACGCUGUCGCUAUCCUGUACUAUUCUAUCGUACUAACCGCUAUCACGGUCCUUGUCUCCGCCUUCAUCGGAAUUAUCCAGCUCCUAUCUCUAGUCCAGAAUGUCGCGGAGCCUGAGGGUUCAUUCUGGGAUGGCCUUAGCGCUAUCGGUGACCAUUUUGACGUCGUCGGAGGUGCGAUUUGUGGUACUUUCCUCGUUGUUGGAUUGGGCUCGGUAGUUGCUUAUGGGCCCUGGAGGAGGAGAGCGGAAAGGAGGAGGCGGCUUGCUGCGGCGGAGGCAGAAGCGGAGAGAUUGCCGUCGGAUGACGCCCAAGGCGCCUUCCAUGAUGUGGAGAGCUGAGAGCAGUAGGAGAUAAAUAUUUUAUCUAGCGACUCGAUAUACAUGGCAAAUUCGGCGGCAGGGCAGGGGUAUUUAUCGUUGGAAGGAGCACAUAUUAUUGAUACCUGUUAUGUUACGCCUUUAUAGGAUAAUUCGCGACGCGUGAUUCCGGGCAUUUCAGUCAUACUAGUGUAAUGAGAA